UUAACUAACUCCACUCUUUAACAGGAAGAGACCAGAGGAAUUCCAAAUUUCUAUUAGAUUCACUUAACUUUCAAAUAUUUCCUUUUUGGGUUCUUCGAGUUUGUUGAAAAUGUCUGAGAACGAAGUCAAGGAUCCUCGUAUCGAUGGUAUCAAAACUAAGAUCCGUGUCGUUCCAGAUUUUCCCAAGAAAGGUAUAAUGUUCCAAGACAUAACAACACUGCUGCUAGAUCCUAAAGCCUUUAAAGACACCAUUGAUCUGUUUGUUGAGAGGUAUCGAGACAUGAACAUCUCGGUGGUUGCAGGUAUAGAGGCUCGCGGUUUCAUAUUCGGUUCACCCAUCGCAUUAGCCAUCGGAGCAAAAUUUGUUCCUCUUCGUAAACCAAAGAAAUUGCCGGGUUAAACACCAUUCCAAACUUUUAUAUUUAACAUAUGCUUUGUUAUUUUAUUAUUCUUAUAUGUCAAGCGAUAUUUUGAGUAACAAUAGUGUUACCUAUCGUUUAACAAAUCAAGUAUGGGGUUUAAUUAUCAAAAAAAGUAUGGGGUUUAACUAUACGAUUUUUAAUCAGGCCAAAUAAUAUUUGAAGAGUAUGAGUUGGAGUACGGAAGUGACCGGUUGGAAAUGCAUGUUGAAGCUGUAGAUUCCGGUGAUAGAGCAUUGGUCGUAGAUGAUCUGAUUGCUACCGGCGGGACUCUUUGUGCUGCCAUGAAUUUGCUCAAGCGAGUUGGAGCAGAAGUAAUUGAAUGUGCAUGUGUCAUCGAGUUACCUGAACUAAAGGGAAGGGAGAGAUUAGAAGGGAAGCCAUUGUAUGUGCUCGUUGAGUAUCGAUGAUGUCUUUAUUUUUUUUAAAUUAGUGGGCGACAAAGCAAAUUCCUUCUGUAUAAUGUGGCGGGUUUAAAUUUGGAUCAAUUGGUCGGUUAAAUAUGUUCUCAAACCCAUGGAAUAUGGGAUUAAAUUUGGAUUUUGCAAAAUUUCGUGUUUCAUCUAUGUAUUAGAAUCUCCCAUGCGAAUUUAAUGGGCUUUGUUCGUAACUAAAUUACAUCCUUUACAAGGAUGAGGGAAAAUU